AUAGCAUGCUUUUGGUUUCAGUGCGUUUUCAUGGUCAUUCAGUCACAUGGUUGAAACGUAACAAAUGGAGGAUCAAAUGCUUAUCUACUGAGAGUAGGCAAAGGUCGAUUUAAACAGUACAGCUGCAUCAGAAACGUGUCAUAACCGGGACAGCUCAGCAGCGAUGGCCUCUGCAGACAUGAAAGUAGGGUGAUAUUCUGUAGGUGACUUACAUGGAGGGACGAGGGAGUGAAGGAGGUCAGCUCUCCUCAACCAACCCCGCUAAGCCUGCAGGCACCCUGGCACUGAGGAACUUCACCAUCCCCAGGAAGAAGCGGGCGACUGGACAAGUCCUCUUGGAGCCGUGCCCCGAGGAAAGCCGGGAUUACAGUCUUAUUCAGUCCAAACUAAAAGAAGCCAGAUUAGACAUGAGGAAGGAGCACGCUAAUGCCUGGCUGUGGAAAGAUGUAAAGUUGGUCCAAAAUGAGGAGUUUCUCAAAGAAUACUCAGAAAAAAGGUCAGAGAUGCGCACAAAAGGUAGACAUGGGAGAGAAAUGGAGGAGAGAUACUGUUAUCUGGUUGCAUCUCAUGAAACAACAACUCAGAUUUACCGGCACGGAUUAAGGACGGAGACGCAGCAGCAGUAUUCUUUGGGAAAGCCAUCACACGGGGUUUAUUUGUUCAGGCAUGUUGAUGUGGCCCUGAAGCACGCGGCCAGCAGCUCAUUAACCGCCAAAAACCUGAUAGUUUUCAAGGUCCUUUUUGGAAAGGUGAAAAAAGUAACCCCAACCUCGGAUUGGAACAGAACACCAGACCCCAUGGUGACCUUUGAUUGUCACAUGUCUAAGGAGGCAGUGUCACAUCGAGAAAGCCUUUCUCAGCAGGUUUUGGGAUCUUCUGUGUUUCUCUUUGACUACAAUGACAAUCAGGAGCUCAACAGCAGACCAAGGCAGUGUUUGCCCUAUGCUGUGGUUUCUUUUGUGCCAGCUAUUAGUGCCACACCACCCACAUCUAUAAGCCCACCUGUUUCACCUGUUAAGCAUCCUCCCAGUCUUUCACAUGGCCCCCUGGAUCAUUUGAGAGGAUGCACUGUGGCUAAGAGACGGGGCAAAGGAGAGAAUGCAACAGUGACAUUCAAACAUUUUUCCACACCAGCUCAAACAGGCUGCCCAGGGCCAGAAUAUACACCCCCAACUCCUAGCACAGAAAUGACAACCCCUCCUUUUCAACAAUACAACCAGCAGAACCCUCUCCUUUUUAUCCCUCAGCAGUUACAUGUGCCUCUUUAUCAAACAGCUGGAUAUAUCAGUCCUUCACUACCAUACAUGGAUACUAGCAUUCCUUUCCAGAACUUUCCUAAUCAAUCUGCAUUUCCCUCAAAUGGACAGCUCUUGAACACCCCAAGCAUCUACAGAAGCAACACCAGCAAUGGUGGGGUAAUGCCUCAGACUUCAACUGAAAAAAUAUCCACUGUAGUUUAUUCUUCUCGACUGGUCAAAGACCCAAGGUUGUCCAGGCAGGGAUCAAACCCAGAGCAGAAAGGCUCAGAACAAGACAAAGCAAACAGUUCCUCAGAAACUGAUAAUCUGAGAUGCCAACUCCGAACUCAGGAUGGUGAAGACAAGAACAAAUCCACUGGAACUGUAUCUUGCAACACAAAUUUUACACAAAAUGUACUAGAAAUGGGUGAGGAGCAAAGCCAGGACAGUCACCUUAAACCCUCACUAGAACCUGAGUCAAGUCCAGAGCACAAAAAUGAAAAUAUGCCUUCCAUGAAGUUAUUCAAAAUGAAAUUUCAGAAAUACGCUACAUAUUUAAAGAUGACAGAGGAUGAGAGACAAAAAAGUAUAUGGUCUCAACAAGGUAUGACACCAGAGCAGAAACAGUUGUUGAUUGACCGCGUACAUUUUUAUGACACAUAUUACCAGAAAUAUAAGCAAGGACUGCUCUUCCAAAAAGAUACUGCCACAGAAAAUGUCUCAAGUCUGUCUAAUAUGGAGACUGAAAAGAGUAAACCACAGCAAAGCCACGUGUCCACACUGAAGGAGUCCCCAUUGAACACAGAAGAGAGCACAGAUAAUCUGUCUCAAACAAGACAAUCAGAUGCCUCUGAUGUUUCUGCAGACCUGGAAAACACUGAAAGACCUACAGAAGAUCUGAUCAAAGAUACCGAAGGUACUGAAUCUACAAAAACGACAAAAGAAACAGAGAAGAAAGAUCCCCCUCUAGAGCUUCAAGAAAAUGUGUUUCAAUCUGCAGUAGAACAACCCAGUAUUUCCCUAGAGGCAUCCCUUGACCAGGAUUCCUUGUCAUUAAAGAAGGGUACUUCCGAGAAGGAAGAAGCCGUAGAAAUCUUCUCAGAAACUGAUUCUCAACAAACCUCAAGUCCAAGUUCAUGUCCUUCAGAACAAGAUAACAAGGUAAAUACUCUUCAAGCUGCCAUUGAAAGUCUUCCACAAUCUUCUACAACUGCUACCACUCAGUCUACACUAAUAAUAACUAAUAACACCGAAGAGAACCCUGAAUUAGAGUUUCACAUCACAGACACAGAUGUGGCACACUGUGUUGACAUCUCAGUCCUGGAUGAUGUGUCGGAAAAUAAUGAUCUUCCCACUGUCACUGUAGAAGGCUUAGAUCAGAACCAUAGUGAAAGUAGCACUAAAAAUACAUGCAGGGGGUUUCUGAAGUGUUCCAAACCAGAUGACACUUCUGAGAUGUCUAUAGAAGUUAAGCGAGAAGAACUACGACAAGACAACACUAUUUACAGUGCGUUAUACCACAGAUUACAGCUAGAUCAGCUGUUGCCCAAUUUGCAUGGAUCAGGAGCUUCCCCCUACAAAUCUUAUCUCCGGCCAAAAGAUCUGGUCACUACCCCUUCUAUCAAUCAACUGUGUGGCCAUCUUCAUGAAACGAUGCCAAAGGAGGGCUUCAACAAAGCUGAGAUGCAGAACUUGCAGAACUGGGAGAAGAGUGGAGAAGAGUGCCAUCUUACUUUGAUGACAAUGUUUCAGCAGGUAUCUGCAAGGACAGAAAGGCUGAGUCUUUCUGAACGAUUCUCAAAGUUGAGGACGACUCGUAAUAAUAAGAAGCAUAUCCUUGAUCAUGGGAGAACUAAAAAAAGCUCCAACAAUGACACAGGUCAUCCCAUUACUGGUGAUGUAAAGUCUCAUCCGGAAUGUCUACCUUUAAGCAGACAUUCAAACAACAAAGAAAAAGGAUCUGGAAUUGAUAACAUUAAAUUGAUCCAGUUGUUUUCACAAAGGUUCAAUGAGGCAAGGUCACUGUUUGGUUGCAAACAACUUAGAGGGAAGCAUUCCAAGGUGUUACGAAGAAGGAACAAACCGAACUCAUCUGUAUCGUCUUUAAAUCAUUCAACUCACCAGAGGGCACUGCACAUUCUGAGGAGACACUUUGGAAGACGAUCCAACACAAAAUUGUCAUCAAAUGGCAUUUUCCAAGGUCCCAAAGUUUUGUGCACUAAAUCAACUUCAUCAACAUCUCAGUCAUCUGAUCCUCAAAACCACCAAAAUCAUGACAAAGGUUGUGAAAAUAAACCUACUCAAGAAGAAGGGAAAGCUCAUCUUUCAACUGAGGAUAACUCCUGUCAGGACACACCUAUCAGUGAAAGUAAGUCAAUAAGUCAGCAUGAUGGGGUCAGCCAUAUUACUCCAUAUCAGUCCACAGACAUUUCAAGCAAUGGUAAUCCCCAAAAAAUACAAGGAGACAUUCUACUAGAUGUGAAACAUUCAGUGACUGUAGAUGAAGUGGAACCACAAGAAAGACGGACAGAGGACAGCAGCAUCUUUCCUCAUGAAGAAUCUUUCCCAAUCACAUGCAGUGAGUCAACCAAAGACGGUGGGAUUGCAAAAGCACAACCCACUAAGGAGGCAGCACCACAGAAACUAUUGUUUGUCAGUGCAACCCAAGUAGAGACAGACGCAGAGAUGUGUGGCACUAAAGAGAUCUCCACCAAUUACAAUGUUGGAGCUUGCAGAGAUCAGAGUAACCCUGAUCAAGAAGUUUCAGGUAUCCUUAGUAACCCAAGUUCAGGUAAUACAAGCAGCAGCUGCAUUGCCAAACCCCAGACAGUUAUGACUCCAGAUUUACCCGGGUUAAUGAAUAUGGAUGAUAUAGAGGCGAAGAAAAAGAGGAGGUUUCAUGACAGUGUCAAGGACAAUACUGGGAGUAGUGGGAUCGAAUCAGUUGUGGAUCUUACAGCUAGUGAAGAAACUGGAGAAACUACUGGGGAGAUGGACUCAAACUUUAGAAUUGUAAGUAAUGAUAUGUGCAGUCUCGGGAACAUCAGGUUAGCAAGGGACAAUUACUUAUUUGCAAGAGGCCAGACGUUAGAAGUUAAUCGAAGCAGUUUAGAAACAUUAAGAAGUCCCAACAAUGACUUUAUCCCAUCUCUCAUUCUUCAUCCUAAUGAAAUGAGAGUUUCAAGCUCUCAACAAAACCCAAAUGCAAACAGCAGCACAAUCAACUCGCACUUGAAGACUUACCAUCCAGAUUUGCCAGACACCAUUGCCCAAGAUGCAAGGGAACCAGUUGCUGUAUUACCAGGCAAUCUUCACUCUACCUGGCAAGUGCAGGAAAACAAAACUACUGUUCCUAGCACUAGCACAGAAACCCAGCUGAUUUCUAAGUUAAGAGACUAUUUGACUAGAUUUGAAAUCACAGUCAAGAAGCAGGAGUCAGUAAAUGACUCUGUAAAGGAUACUCAGGAAGUGCCAAUGGCUUGGAUAACCUUAGACAGUACAGUCCAUAAAAAACAUUUAUUUGAUACAAGACACUACAACAGGCUGGAUUUGGCUAAUCUCCAACACCCAGGGAAAGACUGUACCCUCAACUACAUGCUGCCAUCAACAGCAAAUGAACAGGCCACUGGAAAGGUCAUUGUUAUAAAUGACGCUGCCACUUCUCCAGUCACCACACCCAAACGCAAGAUAAGCAAAGGACGCCACCAACCUAAAAGCUAUACAUCGAAAAGAACGAGAAGGAGCAAACUGGCAAGGGUUAGUCCGGACAGUACCAGUAUGCUGGAGCCAGACCAGCAUCCAGCAGAUUCUCACUCACACCUUGCUUUACAGAAGGACACAUCAGAUCAGCCACAACCACAGAUUUCCACAAGUGUACCCAACCUGCAGCAACUGAGCCAAAAUCAUGGAACUCCAGUGCAACAUAAUCAGAUUCUCUUCUCCCAAAGCUUGGAAAACCUAAAUGGACUAAGUGCACAGCCAAUAGCAUCUCAAGGACCUCAACUACUUGAUAUUGCAGAUAAACUAAAUGAGCAAUCCCUUUAUGGCAAAAAUGACAAGAACACAUACAACCAGAAACAGUACAGCGUCACUGAUAUCUCAAUCACUCUGAAGUUGGCUGACCAUGCAGUUUCCGUGGUAGAUCUUUGCUCUCUUCAGUUGAAAUGCAAAAGCAUGCUGCGUUAUUUCAUCUCCAUUUUUGAACGAGAUCAGAAAGUUCCUUUCUUGCAGUCGUGCAUUUCCAGAAAUCUCAUCUUGGACAAAUAUCUAGACCACCCUCCUGAACCGAUGGAGCUCAAAUUUGAGGCGCUGAAUUCAUUCCUGGAGCUACAGAUGAUGGUGGAAGCUUAUCAGUUUGUUGAAAACAAAAUCAACUUUCUGAGCAGAAAAGCUACCUUCAGGAGCUUGCUUUGGUACGAUCCUUCUCUGUACGGUGAACUGUACAAGGGUGCUGUAGGCUUCCAGCAACAGUCAUCGCUGUUUUCAUCGUUCCAACAGGGCAUAGCCACUGAAGGCUAUAGGAAAUUGCAGGAGUAUUACACUGCUGUAUCCACACUGCACCAGCAGCUACAGGAUUCCCCAGACACAUCAUACUACAUGUACCUGAAGAGCAAACGAGAGCGGCUGGAGGUCGAAGCUGCUCUCAGAAACCCGCCUGAUAUUAAGAGCUUCUUUCUGUCUGUACCAGUAGCUCUCAUGAUGAACCUUGGUGACACUUUAGAAAGUCUGGAAAAGUCACAUCGUAUAGUCAUGAGCUUUGUGGAGACACCCUCAGAUCGUUUGCCGGGGGUGUUUGAUGUAGGCAAAGCAGAGCAUCUUUCCAUCAUGUGCAGGUAUCUCCAAGAAAAAGUCAUCUUUUUGAAAUCCAAAGAACAGAUCAGUAAAGUGUCCUGGUUUGGCUUAGAGCAUCUUCUUUAUGAUGCAUCUAAGCUUCUCGUGUGGAGAGAGUCGGCGCACGGAAUGUCAAGUGAAGUGCUGCUCCAAUACAAAAGGUCAAACCCACAAAUUGUCUACGGUGUGACGGAGGCUGGUGUACCGCUGGUUAACAAAAUAGAACAACACCCUGCGCAGCCUGCAGAAAGAGCACGAAUCACACCAGAGCAGCAGAUGGUGGAUGGUUCCAAAAAUUACAGAGAUACACACUCGGAGAUCUCGACUGAGAAUACACACAGCGCGCAGGGAAAUCAAACUGAAGAAAGUAUGAAAGAACCAAACCAGCAAGUUAGAAGAAGGGCAACUCAUCCCCCAGUGAGAAGUAACCUGACUGAUGGUGGUCUCUACCUACUCAACCCUGUUCAACCCAGUGUGCCAGCCCAACUUGGAAACCCGACUCCUCUCCCUGCUUUCUCCCAGCAGAGCAAUCCUGUACACUGGAGGAUGGCUGGACCACAAGCUUGGGACUGGAAGCCACCAGGCGUGGGGCAAACCUCAAAAUCGACCCCUGAAAUCCGGGCUUUGCUUAUGUCGAAGAGGAGGAUGACUAUACCAGGCACAGAACCAAGAGUAGACCUCCGGACAAACCCUGCCUCCACCUGGCUUCCACCUUACAAUAUAAGUCCAAGAGCUGCGGAGAGAAUAACCCUCCAUCAUCAGCCCACGCUCGGUGCAGCUCAUCAUUCUGAGCAUAGAAAAGAGCAAGGCUCUGAAGCUCCUGUACCUCUAAUAAAGCCUAUCCCAUUACAGUGUUUACCUCCAGACACCAGUUCUUUAUCUGUUCCACACCUGCCGUUCCCCAACACUUCAAACCAGCUCCCAUCACAUGAGAUACCGAUGCCAAUCAACUAUCCUUACUUCCUUUUUAACGGGAAAACAUACUCCGCCGUGACCCCCUCUGUGCCAGUGCCUGGACCAAGCCUUCAUACCGAAACUCAAUAUCACCAACCCCACCCUGUUUAGAGACUGAAUCUGCUCUCAUCUGCUACUGUUACCUAAGGGCACUAUAUACUAAUGCGCCCAUUUCCUUGUAUAAUGGAUAAAAUGAGCGUAUCUUUCAAUUAUUAUAUUGUUACUUUUCCCUGUACAUUCAAAGGCUUUCAGGACCCGUAAAUCAAUGUCUGUUUUAAUAAAUUGAGUGUAAAUAUAAGAAAAAAAUAACACAGAAUGUACAGUAUGUCUUUUUUACGCUGUUUAUAUUAUAUGUUAUAGGAUACCACUGUAAAUAGAUGUUACACAUGCUUAUGUAAAUACUUUUGUAUUUAUCUUGAACUGCAUUAUAACAUUUAAUUGUUAAUACAUUGUUUAUAAAUGGCAAAAAUGCUCUUGGCACCAUGUCAUAGUCUGUAUCUCUGUAUACAGUGUAUAUUUUUACUUUUCUCAUGAUUAAUAUGUGAGACAUUACUGAGUGUGUAAGAAUGUGAACGUGAAGAUGAUGCUACUAACUAAUAUUUCUGAACACAUACUUAUUAUUACGAUCUAUUUUAUUUCUGUUUUAGUAUUUAUGAUGAUGUAUUUUAACAUUAAAUUCUUUAUACGUUUGUGCA